AUGGCGCAGGUCAAGGGGGCGAUAGGGCAGAACCUGUCGACCGAAGAGGCGAUCGCGAUUACGUGCCUGGCAACAGCCGGCAUCUAUAAUGCUCUCGAACUAUACGUCCUCAUCUUCACUAGAUUUCGACGACGAAACGGGCGAUACUUUUGGAGUAUGCUGGUAGCCAACACUGGCAUUUUGCUCCACGCGUGUGGCGGCCUGGGUCGUUUUAUGCAGCCGACAAAGACGGUGACACCGGGAAUCUUCACCCAUAUAGGUUGGUACUGCAUGGUGACCGGGCAGUCCGUCGUAUUAUGGUCCAGACUGCACCUCGUCGUCUAUAAUCGCAUCACCAUCCGACUGGUCUUGGCGAUGAUCAUCACGUCUUUUUUCUGUGUCCACAUUCCACAAACAGUGCUCUUUGCCGGUGUCUGGGCGGGCAACAGUCCAGUCUGGGAUCAUCGCUUCACUGUGUUUGAAAAGGUAUCCCUGAUGGUCUUCACAGUCCAGGAAACAAUCAUCACCGGCAUCUUCGUCCGGGCCGGGUUCCGAAACUUCAAAAGCCUCUUCGAAUUCAAGGCACAGGAGGCCAAGGUCCUGCUCAGCUUUCUUGUCGGCAUGUUCGUGCUGGUAUUUCUUCUCGACAUGGGUCUCGUCACCCUGGAAUAUACGGGCUAUUUCGUCUUCCAGACAACGAGCAAGCCCUUGGUCUACAGUAUCAAGCUGAAAGUCGAGUUUGCAGUUCUAGAAAAGCUUCUGGCAUUUACGCGCAUGAAGCGGUGUGACUGCCACCAGCUGGAGGAUAUCCCAAAGGAUAAAGUAAAGUCAUUUGCCAACAAUACCACGGUCGUCACCACGAUAAAUACGAUACGUUGA